UAAUUCUCUAAUUCAGGCUCCCCAGUGUUCAUAUCAGUAUUCGAAUACCAAAGUAUACCAAAAAGCAGUGUUAACAUGGAACAGUUUAUUGGUACAUGGAAAUUGACUGCUAGCGAGAAUUUUGAUGAAUACAUGAAGGCUGUUGGCAUUGGGUUUGCAUCCAGGCAAAUCGCUAAUUUGGCCAAGCCCAGUCUGUUAUUCAGUGUCGAUGAUCAGGGGCUCAUAUUGAUGAAAACCACAACUACCUUCAAGACAGUGGAAAUAAAAUUCCGGUUGGAUGAGGAAUUUGAUGAGCUCACCGCAGAUGACAGGAAGGCGAAGACUGUUAUGAGACUGGUGGAUGGUAAACUCAUUCAAACACAGACCUGGGAAGGCAAGAGCACAAUAAUUGAAAGAGAAGUUCAGGGCGGGAAAUUGUUAGUGAAAUGCAUAAUGGAUGAUGUGGUGUCUAUGAGGACGUAUGAGAGAAAUGAGUGACCCACUUUUACAGACCUGCUGAAAAGUCAAUAGCUGGAUCCUAAAUAGCUACGGAAUCCAAAUUACUGUACACAUAAAGUAUAACAGCUUUUACACUCCAUGCCAAGCACUCAGCAUCCGAGAUGGGAGCCAAGUGGAUUUCUGUAUAACAGCCAGCUUCACUUUCAAAGACCUGUUUUUUUUUUUUAGGUUUUUAAUUAAAACAAUGAUCUCAGUGAUGGAAACAAGCAGUAUGUCAAUAAAAUUGUAUAAAAUAUGCAUGAUAUUUGAUCUUAGAUGAUUUAUUAAAGAAAUUCAUACACAACA